AUGGAUCCCGUUGGAUUCCGAUCAGUUAUUUACAAUGCCUGUGAAACGGGACAACUGCAAAGAAUUCGGAUUUUUAUGGCCAACAAAGUAGACGAUAAGAACUGGAUUCACGAAGUUCUCAAUUCCAGUGGACUCGAACGAUAUCCGAUUGUGAUAGCGGCGAGAAACGGUCACGUUGCUGUAGUUGAGUAUCUGUUGACUGUGGGCGCUGAUCCAUCGGUUCGAGGAACCGUCGAAUUUGACAAUGACCAGAUACUGGGAACACCUCCUCUCUGGGCUGCUUCUGCCGCCGGCCACCUUGCAAUAGUAAAACUUCUAGUGGAAACGGGAAAAGCUGAUGUAAAUCAAGCGACAAACACUCAAAGUACUCCAUUGAGAGGUGCAUGUUACGACGGACAUUUAGACAUCGUGAAAUAUCUCCUCGAAAAGGGUGCAGACCCCCACAUUCCAAAUCGACACGGUCAUACAUGUCUCAUGAUAUCAGCUUAUCGUAACAAAGUUGAAGUUGUGAAAGAGCUUCUAAAAAACGAUAUAGAUGUGAACUGUCAAACCGAAAGAGGUAAUACAGCUCUUCACGACGCCGCUGAAAGUGGAAACGUCGAAGUUGUGAAAAUUCUUUUGAGCCACGGAGCAAUAUUGAAGAAAGAUCAUCAAGGAGUUGAUCCACUGAUGGGAUCAGCACUCUCAGGAUAUCCUGAAGUUCUGAACCUUCUUGCUGAUGAAGCUUCUUCUUCAAUCCCUCGAAGAGAUGCGUUGAAACUUCUUGGAAGUACAUACCUUGAUAAGAAAAUGGAUGCGAUGUCAGCCAUGGCCUGUUGGAGACAAGCGAUUGAAGUUCCAUUGCAUUCCGACGAAAUGAAAUUUGUUCACGAACUUGAGACGUUCUUCGAACCGCUUGCAGUAUAUGAAUAUCAAGAAGAAGCUCAAACUAUGAACCAAAUCGAAUUACUCGAUGGAAACAUUGAAGCUCAAAGAAUGCAGUCCCUUGUGAUUCGAGAGCGAAUUCUCGGAGGAGCCCACACCGAUGUUCACUACUACCUCCGAUUCCGCGGAGCGGUUUAUUGUGAUAUGGGACAAAUGAACCGAUGUUACGAACUGUGGAAACAUGCGCUGAAAUUACAGCAAAGUCACUUUGCGCCUCUUUACUUCGGUACAGUAACCACUCUUCAAUCGUUCCAAGAGACUUUCUCAAUGACUCUCAACGACUAUGUGAACAAUCAUCAUGCGAAUAUCAACCUUCGAGUCAAAUCCACCUGGGUGAAAUACGUUUUCGAUCAAGUCUGUGAGGAAAUGGAACGAGCUGCUGAAUGGAAAGGAGCGGCACUUCUUGAAGAUACCGAAUGCUGUGGAAAAGACAAGUGCCAGCAUUCUACGGUAACAUCGGAAUUCAAGAAGCUGGUCGUAAUCGCUGUACACUUGAUGAAUGUCCUCGAACGUAUCUCACUCCCUUCUGCACGUGGCGAUGAAGUUGGUGACGACAAAACACUAUCGUUGAAUAUACCAAGACUUGUCAAAGUAUGCAGAAAGCUUCGUGUUCCGCUUCUGCAUUAUGCUCUCGAAGAGAAGACGCCAGAUCAAAAUACUUCCGAUUUGGGACUUCCAAAAGCAGCAGUUCUUGAACAACUUCUUGAACAUGAUUUGGAUGUAAACGCUGCCGAUGAUGAGAUGAAUACUCCGAUGCAUUUAGUUCUUGGAGCCAAUGAAUUCCGGAAAAGUUUAGUCAGAGCUCUUCUGAAUUACGGCACCUGGAUAUUCGCUCGAAAUAAGAAGGGACAAGUUGUUUACGCAAUGAUGCAUGAGUUGGCAAGUACUGAGUCGAUCAGUUUCGAUGAUAUGCGUCUCGGCCGUCAUGUUACUCUCCUCGGAUUGGCUUCCAACGCAAUGAGAGUUCGAUACGAUGGAAUGUUUGAUGGUGUUGAGAAGGAUUUCCCACUGGAAUUACGCAGAUUUUAUUUAGCACAUUAG